CAGGCUGCGUAAAGUUGUCGGGCAAGCAGGGACAGCGGAUGGAAACCGCUAAUGGAUCUGUUGAUAAAAUUAGAAGUUAUGGCGAACAACAGCUGAUUUUUCACAGGCAAAAAGAUAUCUUGUUGUUAUAACAUCUAAUCCCAAUAUUUCGAAGAUGUAUUAUUCCAUUCUUAAAGUUAUUCCAAAUCUGAGCUGUCUGGUAGUGUGGUGCGCGUAUUUUCCAAAUGCUCCGGCUACAGAAUAAUUCAGUUGCAGUCGCGACAUGAGCUCAGUUGGAUCCAGGACAAGAGAAGCCGCUUUUAUCCAUAAGCUGCUGCUCAAUUUGCGACCGAAGCAGAAGUUUAGACGGUGGGUCUGCUUGCUCAGCCUGACUCUUCUGCUGCUGCUCUGGUUCGGAAGUCUGAUCACACCGAGCAACCCUUCAUCUGGUUCAAGACUCAGGGGCUACAGGAGGAUUAGGCCAGGCAGGAUGGGACAGUUUCUGGAUAUUCACUGUAACCGCUGUGCCUUGGUCUCCAGCUCCGGUCAGAUGCUUGGUGCCCGUGCAGGAAAUGAAAUCGACCAAACCGAAUGUGUGAUCCGUAUGAACAACGCCCCAACCAGAGGGUUCGAGAAGGACGUCGGGAGUCGUACUAAUAUCCGAGUCGUUUCUCACACCACUGUUCCCCUAUUGGUAAAAAAGGAGUGGUAUUAUUUCAAGCAAUCUGCAGACACAACGUAUGUGUUUUGGGGCCCCGAGAGAAACAUGAGGCAAGAUGGAGAAGGAAUUAUUUUCAAUAACCUCCUGAAGCUGGCCAUAAAGUAUCCGAAAGUGAAAAUGUAUGUGAUGACCAGAGAAAAGAUUCUGUACUGUGACAACAUGUUUCAGAAUGAAACGGGAAAAAACAGAAUGAAAACUGGUGCAUAUCUCAGCACUGGAUUUUUCACUAUGAUUCUGGCUAUGGAGAUGUGUGACAGCAUAGAUGUCUAUGGAAUGAUUGAAGAUAACUACUGCAGCCAGGCCAAUCGCUCUGUAGUACCUUACCAUUACUACGACCAGAAGAGGAUCAGUGAGUGCAGGAUGUAUACAUACCAUGAACACAAACCCCUUGGAGGACACCGCUUCAUAACUGAGAAGGCGAUUUAUGCAAAAUGGGCAAGGCGUAACAAAAUACAGUUUAAAUAUCCUGCAUGGAGACUCCACCGUGGUUUAGAUACUCUUCACGAGGAAUGGCAACCUGUAUAAAUGUCUUAUUAACAGAAAAGAUGCUGUGUUACAAAGGAAGGUAGAUGUUACUGGUCUCAAUAAUUUUGUUAUUGUUUUUAUUUUUACCAAAGAAAAGGUUUUUCAUUUCAUGUGAAGAGAAGCAUUUCUGAGGCAGCACACAGUGACUGUGACUGGUUAUAUUAGACAUGUUUAUCCAUAUGUUUGUAUGGAUAUCAGUAAAGCAUAAGAAAACAGUAAACACAAAACAAAGUUUAUUUCACAGCUGGCUGUCUAUAAUUUCCUACUUCUCUUUUAGUGCCUUACUUUUAAGACAUACUUUGCACUUUUUAAUUAUGAGCUGCUCUCCUCAUGUUAUUGUAAAGCUAAAAUGUGGUACCGGGUAUAUAGCUUUACAAUCAAACAUAUCCAGUAUUAAUAAACAUUUUGUUUUAAGUUUGGUAAGAUCAAUAAGUAAAAAAAUGUACAACAUCAAAUGUUACAGUGCAGGCCAGCUAACAGCUUUCCUACGGCCCGGGACAACACAGUCUUUUUGCCCCCAAAUGUGUUUUUCUCCCUUACACUAGCUAGCGGAUGCUGUACUUUAAAAUCAUAUUGAUAAAAGUAUUGCCUCUUACCUAGCUCUGAAUGGCCAUUGUUCUUCUGCAAUUCUGUUCCUGGACCUGUUCCUGACUCAUCCUUAGUUUAUUUUUAAUAUUUACUCUAGCCUUUGGUGUCAUCUUCCCUUUUUCUUUUCUCUUUUCUUUUUGUGCACUAGACUUUUGAAAACCUGACAAGUUUGCAACAAAACAAACUUUAAAAGUUACAGCCUGCCGCUGUCCUGGUCAAACCAUUUUAUGUUGGGGUGAGAGUUUUAAUGGCCCCUUAUUAAAAAAAUUAAAACGUAUUACAUAUACCAAUAUAUAUUAAUUACUCUAAUAUUAAAUAUUUUUAUCACAAAUAUCUUCUGAAAAUGACUUCUGUCUGUAUUUUUAAUGGACAGCGUUUCAAUUUUGGGCCACCCUCUGUCUUGGGCCUGGGACAGUUGGCCUGGAUAAGCAUGUUGUGACAGUUGACCCUGCUACCUUAUCUUGUGUCAACCCCUCAUACUACAUAUGCAACUCUUUUUUUCAGCCUUGCAAAAAAUAACCUCAAAGUCAAAUAUUUUUUUCAGUUGAGUUCUAUAUGGUACUAUUCAAAAGUUUUAAAGUUUUCCUGUGGCUGUUCCUUAUUUUACAAAUAGAAAUAUUAAGAGAGCGGAACAUAAAUGCAUUUAGCCUAGUGUACUCUAACCUUUGGAAAUAAAACCCAAUGCAAACAACAGCCUUUAAAAGUUACCAAAAUAGGGAUUUGCUGGUAAAAUUUGUUAACCAGAUAGCUUUAAAAAAACAACAACAACUGGCUUUUAUAGAAACAUGGCAAGAGGAAAUCAGUAGGAAGUUCUGUUUCCAUUUUCUAAAAAGUCAUAUGAGAGUUAUGGAUGAAGGUUCCCUGGUCAAGUGGAACCGAGUCAGAGCUUCUUGAUCAAGAUGUAAAAUUAGUUAUGUGAAGAAAAAUAGUUUACAUUGUCAAAUGUGACAGUAGAAUCAUGCUAUGGAGUGUAAGGAUUAUGUUUUUAUUAUUCAUGUAGGGGUUUGUUAAACCCUAAUGUUAUCUGCCUGUUGAGUGUCAAGACUGAUGUUUUCCUAAGCAGUUUAUCUAAUUAUGAUCGUUUUUAUAAAAAAAAAAAAAAAAAAAA